CAUGAAUAGACCUGUGCGGGUCCUUUGCUUACAUGGAAUUGGGACCAACAGCGAGAUCUUUGAAGCCCAGACAGCCCGUUUACGAUACCUUCUUGGAGACCAAUAUGAGUUCGAUUUCGUGGACGGGGCCCACCCCUGGCCCGCAUAUCCCAGCAUCGCAGAGGUCUUUGGCCAUGAUCAGGUGUGUUACUCCUACUGCGAUGAUACCCCACAGAGCGUUCGGCGGGCUGUGGCCGAUCUAGCGCAGUAUGCGGCCGAAAAUGGCCCAUUCGACGCGGUGAUGGGUUUCUCGCUAGGGGCGGCGCUUGCUCUGACACUUCUUCUGAACCAUGAACAACUUGGCCUGUCAGAACCGCCGUUUGACUGCGCCGUUCUUCUGUGCAGCGUCUUGCCCUGUGAUUGGAGUGCGCUGGAGAGGGACCAGGUGGAGCUUCUUUCGCCCUCCCAGGUCUCCCGUCCAGUGCAGAUCCCCACUGUGCAUUGCUGGAGCCCCGAGGAUCUAGACCACCCGGGUCAAAGCCAAAAAGUCAUCUCCAUGUGUACUCCGGACGGGCGAGUGGAGUUGGUUCAUCACGCCGGGCAUACCCUACCCGUUGAUGGCGCCGGGGUCGAACAGCUCGCUCAGGCCAUCGACGCCAUCUCUGCCUCGGGGUCCAACUGA